GUAACGACUAGCGCACCCGCCUAUGGUAACACACUCUGCCCCCUUCCGGCCGUCGCCUCAUCUCCUUCUCCCAGCCAAUGAAACAAUUCCCGUCUCACUCUUGGUGGCGAGCAGCGACGUGCACCAGUGGAGGAUGGAGAGUCAGUGCCGUUUGAGCUCUCGCUUACGCGCUGAGCACGCGCUAGUGUCAGGGUACCGGGUACCGGGCACCGGGCACCGGCCACUGGGGGAAGGUUAUAACACUCGGCGGCAGUCCUCUCUUACCCAAACCCAACUCUCUCCCUCGCGCCUUGUUUCCGUGUACGCUCACACACAUUACUUUUAUCCAUCACUCAACCGGCCAUCCAUUGGCUCUUGGCCCCCCCAGUCUCACCAUUUCAACUCGUAUUUUCUCUCCUACUGUUUCACUGUAUCCGUGACACAAACACUCGUCAGGUGGGGGGAAACUUUUUAAUUCUUCCCUCUGCGUCACCUGAUGGCGGGACGCUUUUUGUGGGUGAGAUACCGCUCGACCACCGACAGUCAAACGAGUGCUACUGGUUUUCUCACCGUACCGUACCACACACCACCAUCCCAUACUCUACCAAGACUUAUAUUAGCAUAUUGUCAAAUGUAAAUACCCAUUACCGGUUACCAGUGAAGAUCAAUCUUAUUGAGUGUUGUGAUAGCAAUGGAACUGUUUAACUCAGUGAAACUAUUCACGGAUCAACGACAGAAGACUGGAUCACCAACUAUGGAUAACAGUGUUAGAAACAUAGAAGUGUAAACUUGUCGAUCAAAGUAAUUAGAGCAAUGAGCAUAAGCAGCUUUUGAUGAUAAAACAGUAAAAAAAGGAAAGUGCAGUACAAUGACGAGUGUCAUGGGUUUACGACGCCGUGUCCCAGCGAAUUCCUCAGCUCCGUUACCGCCUACAACUUCUAAACGAUCACGAUCGGAAAACAACAACAAUCCGUCUCAUGGUAAUUUGAAUUCAUUGAACAAUCGGGAUGAAAUAGCAUCGAUGCCAGCUAAGAAAUCGCGUGGUGUAUCAAACAGUAUUCGUAGUAAUACAUGUACGGGGAUAACAACACAAGAAACAGGACAAGUGUCAAGAGGUCGAGGAUCAUCAAAGUCUAGGGUAAAGAGUCCCAUGUGUGCAUCAGGUACAGUACCCGUUUCAGUCUCAGUCUCAACGACAGUACCAGUAGCAGCAACAGUAUCAACUAUUACCAAUGUGCCAGUGCAGUGUACAGAGCAGGACAUUAGUGGCUUCAGUGUUCUAACAUCACCUGCGCCGUGGUCAGUGACGAGUAGUAUACCAGAUGCAUCCAUCGCGUAUGGAUCGAUAUCAAGCCUUGUCCAAAAUACACAGACAAGUUUAUGCUCUUCAAGCCUUACCAUGGCCACGCCGAUUCCUUACAUGGCAACUUCUAUGGCCACGUUUGUUGGUACCGCUACGAACCUCAAUAAAAACUCAUCAGUGUCGUACUUGGAUAUUUCAAACAUGACAAGUGGCUCACUUGGCGCUACUUCUGCUAAUCCCAGUAUCAAUGCUGCAUAUGGCAAUUGUAAAAAUCCAACCAUUGACGGCAAAGCAUCUGUCUCGCUAGCAUUUUCGGGGCUUGUGCCAACUACUCUACCAUAUACCACUACUAAACCAUCCCAAACAAAUGCAGAUGCUAAAGUUUCAUCAGUACUUUCAUUAAAGUUUCACAAUGACACAAUGUUCAAUACCUAUCAGCCGUGGGUCAUAAAAACAUAUGGUGAUUUGGCUAAAACAAAGACAAUUACCAUUAAAAAAUAUGCCAGAAUAUUGAGGACACUGAGGGGUGAAGAAGUUAAUAGCGCUGAGAAUAGUAAGUUCAGGUUUUGGGUGAAGAGUAAAGGUUUUCAUAUUGGUCAGCCGGAGGGAUAUGACGCAAAACCGGCGGACAGGAUAAUCGGUCGUCAUGCCGUCACCAGCCCCGGAUUAGAUCCACCUCUCUACAUACCAACUCAAUUACCUCACAAUAAGGCGGCCAACAAUUCAGAUGGGGCAGUACUUUCAGGAAGAGUUUACAAGAAGGUUGCUAUUGUUGAGAACUUCUUUGACAUUAUUCACGCAGUUCAUGUUGAUCUGGAGGGUCGACCGGGGAAGCAUGCUGGCCAAAAGCGCACAUACAGAACUAUUACCGAGACAUACGCCUUUUUACCCCGCGAAGCUGUUACGAGAUUUCUUCUUGGUUGCACAGAGUGUCAACGUCGUCCCCGGACACCCAGUCCAAACAAUCUUGUAGCUCAAUCACAAAAUACCGCUUCAAAUCCAUCAAUACCAUCGACCCACACUAAUCCACAGAUUGGUGUAACAACGCCUUUGAGCCCCACACCAGCAACUGCUCUCUCAGCAUCACCAUUACAAAGUAGUCUGAGGCCACGUGAAGCCAGUCAUCCGCCAGAGAGCAAAAAUUUAUUUAAUUACAAGCACGCCAAGCAACAGCGAGCUACAGUUGAUGUAAAAGAUAAAGAAUGUGAUGAUCGGAAAGAGAAUGAGAGAGCCAAGGAGGAGAAAUAUAAUCCCUUGAGUAUUACCAAUUUAUUGAAGAAAGAGCCACCCAAUUUCAUAGCCAAUGGUGAGAAUCACAGUGAUACGAGACAUACACCUGAGUCAGACAGAGCAAGCUCAGCAAGUUCUGUAUCAUCAAAACGAAGAAGAAUGCUUCCAAAAGGGCGAACACCGUCUCCUCCACCUAACACACCACUUACUAGGCCAUGGAGUCCCGGGCUAGAUCCUAAUGAAACUCCAGUGGAUUACAGUCUUCCUAUUACCACCAUGUACUUAAAGCAUCAGCAGAAGAUCGAAGCGGAGAAGAACAGAGCGGAAGCUGAAGCUGAAGCUGAAGCAGAAGCAGAAGCAGAAGCCGAAGCAGAAGUGGCAUUAGAAGCCAUGACAGCCGCUGCUACCGUUGCUGUUGCUGCUGCUGCUGCUGCUGUUGCUACUACUACUGCUGUUACUACUGCUACUAAUGCUACUGCUACUAAUGGUGCUGUGUUAAAACAGAAGGAGCUCGAGGUGGAAGCAAAAUCAUCUCCAGUCAUAGAACAAGGUGAUCUCGAGAGAGAGCGAUUUUCACGAGCAACUGGAUUAAUCGAUACAAAUCUUAAUUUACUCGCUACUAUCCAGCAAUUGCAUUGUCAGGUGAUGCUGGCUUUGACCGCAAGACUCAAACCCUCGGUGCUACCAUCCCCUUUGAUCUUACCAUCGACCGCUGGCGUAUUCUCGAGUAUGUUCAUUGGCUCGGAUAUGUCGAUAUCAACUGCACUGGCACACAAUCAUUCGUGAAGAUGCCAAGAUGAGUAGAUGAGUGAUAAAAUUAAAAAAAAAAAAAAUACAAGUUCUAGAGAUUCAUCUUGAUGUGUACUUUCGGCUCAAAUUUUUUUCUUGGCUCAAAUUUCAUUUUAUUAUCAUUUGUAAUUCCAGUCUUCGAGUCAUGUGUUCUAUAUUAAAUGCAUUUCAUUCCAUAAUUGAAUGGUGAAUAAACUAGUCGUAAAAGUAUAAUACUGUCUCUUUGAAUUUUUCAUCAUUAUACUUAAUUUAAAUAAAGUUUCAUUGGAGAUUAAUUGCAGUGCUAAUAUAUGCUGGGAUAUUUUUUUAUUUUUUAUUUUAUUGUCGGACGAGUAGCGAACGUAAUCGAUUAUUUGGCAUCUAUUCAAACUCAUUGAGAAAGACAUAGUUUUUUUUUUUAAAUUUCUUCAGCGUUUUAAUAUGAAUGUGAUGAAAUGUACCAUUUAGAGUGCAAAGCUGAUAAUAUUGUUGCUUGAUCGAUGUAAUCUCUUGGCCAUGUAAAGUGAAUAAUGUGAAGUUGGCUUUUAAGAUGGACAAUAUUGUAAUGGGUGAAUAAUAAUAGUAGAUUUUUCGUUCUGUGAGUCUUUCUACGCCAUUCAAAUGUAUAAAGAGCCAUAUGAAUUUAUAAAAAUUUAUUAUUUUUCUAUAAAAUGAAAUUAUUCAUGAGCAUUAAUAUUUCGGAGCACUGAUUAUAUCGAAAAAUAACAUGAAAAUUACGGGUAAUUUAAUAGAUAUAGAAAAUAUAUAAUAAACUUGUUUUAUUGUUUUGUCUGACGAAUGAUUGGUGAGAGAGGGCGGUAUUGUCAGGCAUUGAGAAUUACAUUGGGGCUCGCUGAAAGUGGCCAACUUCACCCCUUUAUUCAAAGUCAACUUUUCUCCUUGGUUUAUUCUCUGUCUCUCCCAUGUCUGGGUAUGUAUAGCACUAAGCUUUGUGUAUAAUGAUUACAUGAGACAGCUCAUCCCACCAUGAGUUUGUUGCGGGAACAUUCAAACAUGUUGCAAAACAGUCAAAGUAGUGUAUAAUAGAAGAGUGAGAAUGAGAAGAGUAGAAAAGGGAGAGAGAGAGAAGGAAAAAAAUAGGCCUUAUGAUGUUUGCGUGGCUUUUGCACGAAAGUCUAAAAUAAUCUGGUAAUUAAUAUGAAUGAAUAAUAAAUGAAAUGGUCUAAAUGAAUAAUUUUCUUAAUAAUAUGAUGCAAUCAGUCUAUCUCUGAUAUCCUCUACCUCUAGAAGACAUGUAAAAUUUGCCUAUUACGAUUCAUCACCUUCUACUGUUAAUUUUCAUAUUGUACAUAAUCGUUGUAAUAUAUCUCCCAUUCUGGAUUAAUUUGAAAAUAUAAUUGAUUAUAAUAGUGUUACUAUAUUUCAAACCAAACACAUCGACAAUGUCAAAAUAUUUACUGACGUUAUUGCAGUU